CAACUAUUGUUGGUGGCGUCGUUCUCUCAGGCUGAGGAGCCGGUGUGUAGGUGGAGAGGGGAUACUGAGAACCCCCAGCUAUCCAAGGAUGGGGACAUUAUCUUGGGGGGGCUCUUCUCUUUCCAUAGCACGUGGAUAAACCGACAGGAUAACUACAUGCACAAACCACCUCCACUGCAAUGCACCAGUUUGCAUUUCAGAGAGUUCCAGUUUGCCCAGGCUAUGCUUUUUGCCAUAGAGGAGAUUAAUAACAGCACAGACCUACUGCCUGGCAUCUCUCUGGGCUAUAAGAUCUAUGAUGUCUGUGGCUCCAUUGCCAGAGGUGUGAGGGUCACACUGGCCUUGGCUUCUGGUAAUGAAGUGGUAUUUGCACCCUCCGAGGCACCAUGUAAUGGACCUGCCCAUGUGCAGGCAAUUAUGGGAGAAACCUCUUCUUCUCCUUCCAUGGCUAUAUCUACUGUUAUUGGACCCUUUUAUAUUCCAAUGAUCAGUCACUUUGCUACUUGUGCUUGUCUCAGCUGAAUAACAACCAAAGUCCCAUCCUUCCUGAGAACAACUACCCCAGUGACACAGACGGAAGCCCUGGCUCAGUUGGUCAAGCACUUUGGUUGGACUUGGGUUGGAGCUAUUAGAACAAAUGAUGAUUAUGGCAAUAACGGCAUGGCCACAUUCACAGAAACUGCCCAGCAGCUGGGCAUCUGUCUGGAAUACUCUGUAUCUGUCUUUAGAACAGAUCCACCAGACAAAAUACAAAAGGUAAUUGACAUUAUCAAGGCCUCCACUUCUAAGGUGAUUGUCGCUUUCCUCUCCCACAUGGAUAUGGAUGUGCUAAUACAUGAGUUGUCUCAACACAACCUGACUGGGUACCAGUGGGUAGGCAGUGAGAGCUGGAUUUUUGAUUCCCAAACUGCAGCCAUGGAUAGGCAUCACAUUAUGGAUGGUGCCAUAGGCCUGUCCAUCCCAAAAGCACAUGUCAGUGGCAUGAAAGAGUUCAUGUUGAAUGUGAAGCCGCUCAAUUCAUCAAGUAAUGAAUUGUUUACAGAGUUUUGGGAGACAUUAUUUAGCUGUAAGUUCAAGCAGUCAAAGUCAUCAACAGGGAAUCAGAGAGAAUGUACUGGAGAUGAAGAUCUGAGUGGAGUGCAAAACAGCUUCACUGAUAUGUCGCUCAUGCCGAUCUUUAACAAUGUCUACAAAGGAGUGUAUGCUGUGGCUCACGCACUUCAUGAUAUUCUGAAUUGUAAUGAAACAUGUAACAACACAGUGCAACUAGAUCCAUUUACGAUUUUACAGCACAUAAAAAAGAUUCAGUUCAAAACGAAGGAUGGAGAUGAGGUUUACUUUAAUGAGUAUGGAGACCCAGCAGCAAAGUAUGAAAUUAUAAACUGGCAGCCAACAGAAAAUGGCAUUGUGGACUUUGUCACAGUUGGUUUUCAUGAUGCAUCUUUACCUGCAGACAAACAGCUCAAUCUGCAAAAUAAGUCUUUAGUUUGGGCACAAAACUCACAAAAGGUGCCAGUGUCAGUUUGCAGUGAGAAAUGUCCUCCAGGAACUCGCAAAGUUCUCCAGAAAGGAAAGCCUAUCUGCUGCUACGACUGUUUAAGAUGUGCAGAGGGAGAAAUCAGCAACAUUACAGAUUCUAUCACCUGUGUGAGAUGUGACCCUGAGUUCUGGUCAAAUAAGGGAAGAGAUACCUGUGUAAAGAAGGAGGCAGAGUUUCUAUCAUAUGAAGAGAUUAUGGGAGCACUGCUUACUGCAGCCUCUCUAUUUGGAACAUCUGAGGGUUCUCCAGAUCCCCUCUCCAUCUGCACACUGACUCCUCAGCCUGAGAGAAAGACACUACCAACAACAGAUGUAGAAGUGCCCAACCCUGCUCUGGCCACCUCUGUGUGGACGUCAUACUGA